AUGUUCUUAAUCCCUCCAAGUGAGUGAGAAAAAAACUUCUUUUUCUCCCAAUUCGCAAAAAUUUUAGAGUAAAUAUUAAUUUUAAUUUGUAAAAUUUAUGUUUAAGAAUUUAUAGUAAUUGCCCGAGGAUGGCGCUAUCUUGCGCCAUCCUCGGCAAAUACAAUAAGUGACUUAAAAUAAACAGAAUUAGCUAGAGAUUUCAUUAUACUAGUUAUCACUUAUAUAACCAAAUUUUUGUAUAAAAAAAAUUUUGUUUGCUGACGGAGGGUGGGCUUUUACCCGAAAAAUAGGGAUUUUUCCAAUGGUCUUGCCCGCUCUGGAGGGGGAGCUAGGAGCAAGAGCCAUGCGCCUGCUUAAGGUCGCAUUAAAAAUAGCAAUUUACCCUCCUAUGGCCCUUUUAGUCAUAUAUACUCCUCAGAUCAUCUCCAAUAAUCCGAGAUUUUUCGUUUGGUAUGAUCAAUUGAUGCUGAGACCUUACUUGAGGAAAGCUGAAGAAAUGGAAGCUCUUAAAACAGAAGAAUUAAGAAGUGAGCCUGAUGAUAGAAUGAUCGAAUCAUUUAACCAGUUCUUAUCUAAAUAUGAAAGGCUAAAAGCUAGUAUUUUUGGCACCAAAACAUUCGAUGAGACUUUCCCAAGCGACGAAGAAAUAGAGAAACAUGGAAAAAAUGUUAUUUUGCUUGAUAUUGAAAGUAACUAA